AUGUGUGUCCUUGGUUUCCAGCGCUUGCGCAUCAGCCGCGUGCGUGCCUCUGGCGCUCAAUCUCCGAGAUCCUCAGAGCGGGUGGCGGUGACGGGCUUCUUUGGAGGCGGUAUCUUGCUCGUGAACAUCUCGCUAGGCAGCGACGCGAGAGAGGUGCCCGUCAACAUCGAUCUGGGCUCGGGGCCCCUGUGGGUUCCUACCACAUCUGCGACCUGUUGCUCGGUGCAGGGCGUUUGUGCCACUUGCCAGGCGAAAGGGAAGCCAGGCCACGAGUUCUCGGCCAAACCGUUGACAAAUUUCACUUCGACAUAUGGCGUCGGGAACGUCACGGGAGCCGCGUAUGUGGAAAAGGUCCAGGUCGGGGAUCUUCCAGGUUUCGAAAUCAUCAUGGGUGGUGCCGAUCUGCUGUACCAAUUCAGUGGCUUCUUCGGAAGCCCAAUGGAAGGACUCAUGGGCCUCGGGCUGGCGUACCUGAACGAAGGGAGGACCGAUCCGUCUGUGAAUAUCUGGGAGAUGUCAACCGUAAUCAUGAUGUGGAAACAGGAUGUUAUCGAUUCCCCGGUUUUCACGCUAUCUUUGCACGGAGGAGAUGACGAUGGCGAGCUGAUCCUCGGCAGAGUUGACUCUAGCCAGAUCGACGCGGAGUUCUUCUGGACGCCUGUCGUGAAGCCCAUCUCGCCAGAUGGGCACCAAACUACCCCUUCCAGAACGUGUUUGGAUUUUGGUCGUUCUCCGUCAAUUCUUUUGCCAUUGGGGACACCAGGCUCGACCGGACGGCGGUAG